UUCUUGGUUCGAUUAAUAAUGAGCCCGACGGUUCGACGUACUGGAGCUGGAGAAUCCUUUAAAGCACAACAAGGUAAGGAGAACCAGGUCUUGCCUUCCGCUUUAGCAGAGGCAUAAACAAAGGUCUGUAUUCCCAAGCAAUGUAUCCCUCCGCCCCUCCCGACGCGUAUAACAAGUACAGCGCCGGUGCUCCACCGACGGCGCCGCCGCCGGCAACGUACCAGCUGCCGACGAUGAACACCCCACGCACCGGCGGCGGGCUGACGCGAUGGUCCACCGGCCUUUUCCACUGCAUGGACGAUCCCGGAAACUGUCUCAUCACAUGCGUGUGCCCCUGCAUCACCUUUGGGCAGGUCGCUGACAUCGUGGACAAGGGCACCUGCCCAUGCCUCGCGAGCGGGACGGCUUACGCGCUCCUCUGCGCGUCGGGGAUGGGGUGCCUGUACUCGUGCUUCUACCGGUCCAAGAUGAGGGCUCAGUUCGACCUGGACGAAGGGGAUUGCCCCGAUUUCCUCGUCCAUUUCUGCUGCGAGUACUGCGCGCUGUGCCAGGAGUACCGGGAGCUCAAGAACCGCGGCUUCGACUUGGGGAUCGGUUGGGCUGCCAAUGUGGACAGGCAGAGGCGAGGCGUCACCGGAGCGUCGGUGAUGGGAGCUCCUGGCGUCCCGGUCGGCAUGAUGAGGUAGACGAAGAUGGCGAACGCGAAAUGGUGCGCUUUUGUGUUCUUGUGUUGCAAUAUGUUCUCUGUGGUUUUCAUUUGGAGAUCACUGCCUAUUUCAUGUAUCGUAUACUCCUAUUUAGCUUGAUUUGUUGGGUUUCAUGUAAUAUAUGACGCAUUCAGAAGUGUUGUGACUUGUCAAGACACAGUAAUGGGAUUUGGUGAGAGAUCGAAUGAGCACAUUGGAAUUAGGCUGUUA